UAGUUUUUAUUUAACAGAAACCAAAACUUCUUUAACGGUCAUAUAACGGUCAUGAAUCAAAUUCUGUCAAUAAGCCGGUCAGCUCUAGUUACCAAUAAAAGCCGUCACUUCAACUCAGCCGUACCGAUUUCCGUCAGACUCGUUUCCCUGCUCUCUCAGUCUCAGUCUCCGACAUCCAUUUCGUAAACUCUUUCCAAACUUUUCUAAUGGCGGUUCACAAUCUCUGCCUCAUCCUCAAGAACCAUUUAGACGAUUCCCAAUUUCUCCUCCUCAAGCAACCACGCCCCCCAAAGUUCGGCGACGACGAGUACGAUUCCUAUGUCGAUUCCGAUCUCUGGGACUUGCCCUCAACCCAGUUGAAUAAUCGACAAGGAGACUCCCAACCUCGAAUUGCCUUUGCAAGCGAAGAAGAAUCGUACUUGGAGAAUAUCGAUUUGAGAAAAUUCGAUGUCGAUUCGGCUCUCAACAGAAUUUUGGGACAAGUGGGUUUUGGGACAGCUGAUGAGGGAGAGUGGAAGUUCUGGAAACAUGUGGAGGAAGCUGAGUUUGGACCCGGACCGCCUGUUCACACUGUGUUUAUUGUGGGAUCGAGAGCUGCGAAUCAAAAUUCGCAAGUGGGACUAAUACCGAAACUUGAAGAUGCAAAUUCAGAGUCAUAUAAGUGGAUGUCCGUAAGAAGCUGUCUGGACUGGCUUUUGGAAGUGAAACCCAAUAAUGACCGAGUAGGGCCUUUGGUAGUGACUGGUCUUCUAAAUGACUCUUUGCAAUCUAGAGAGCGGAAAGCUCUGUGCGACUUAAAAUACCAGGAGUAUCCUCCUGGUGUUACACUUGUACCUAUGAGAAGUAGGACGGCAAAGCCUUUUGAUACUACAAACUUGGUUGUAUUUGCUCCUGAUAAAGCCUCAGAUUACUCUGAGAAUAUUAAUUUUGUUGCUCAUGGGGAUGCAUUGAUUGUGGAUCCAGGAUGUUGCUCUCAAUUCCAUAAGGAGCUCAAGAGUAUUAUUGAUACCUUGCCAAAAAAGUUAGUCGUUUUUCUUACUCAUCACCACCGUGAUCAUGUAGAUGGUCUAUCAGUUGUUCAGCAGUGCCAUCCUGAUGCUACUUUGUUGGCACAUGAAAAUACCAUGCGUCGUAUUGGAAAAGGUGAUUGGUCUCUCGGUUAUACCCCAAUUUCUGGAUCUGAAGAUAUUUGCAUUGGUGGUCAGAGAUUAAGUGUCAUUUUUGCUCCGGGACAUACAGAUGGACAUUUAGCAUUGCUUCAUGUCAGCACUCAUUCAUUAAUUGUUGGUGAUCACUGUGUGGGUCAAGGGAGUGCUGUUUUAGACAUUACUUCUGGUGGAAAUAUGACAGAGUACUUCAAAUCGACUUACAACUUUAUGGAUCUUUCUCCACAUAUUUUGAUACCCAUGCAUGGCAGAGUUAAUCUGUGGCCAAAGCACAUGCUUUGUGCAUAUCUCAAGAACCGCAGAAGCAGAGAAACUUCCAUUUUGAAAGCAAUAGAAAAUGGAGCACAAACAUUGUUUGACAUUGUUGCAAAUGUAUAUUCUGAAGUUGAUCAUCGCUUUUGGAUUCCUGCUGCAUCAAAUGUUAGGCUUCAUGUGGAUCAUCUUGCCCAGCAAGAUAAGUUACCAAAGGAUUUUUCAAUUCAGAAGUUCAAGAAAACAUGUAGGCUGAAUUUCUUAUCUCGAUGGAUUUUGGCAUACCUCAGUAGCAAGUUUGAAUUAAAGCACCAAAAGCUUGGCGGAACUAAAUUACUUAUUGCUGGCGUGGUGGUCGGAUUUUCUAUUUUAUAUUGUGUUAAAGACAAGCUUAGUUCCAAAUAAGACCGGUUUGAUAUUAGAAACCUAUAUAUUCUACUCUGUAUAUUUUACCAAUUAGGAAAUUGCCAGAAAGUUGGUAUUCGGAAAUGGCUAUAAUUAUGAAUGUAUAUCAUGAUGUUAUAUUAUAAUAAAGGUUAUAAGUAUUUCUUGUUAAUAAUAA